AAAUAAAAAGAAAAAAAGUUUUUCUUUCUCAGACACAGAAAUCGAAUCACUUUCUUUACCUUUGCUUCUCGGCGCCGGUGUAGCAACUGCUCACCGGCGUCGGGAUCUAUCAAUGACCCUGAAUCUCCUUUCCCCUCCUUUAAGCUUUUGGAUCCUCUUACUUGUUUUACUUUUGUGCAACUCCCUACCAAAUCCAAGUUCCUCUUCUUCUAUGGCUUCUCUCCUUAACAAUUUCAAAACCUGCGAGGAAAGAAAAAUGAGACUUCCGGCGAGUCCUUUUCUGACCCAUCCUCCGUUUGCAGCAUCCUAUAUGAAGUGGGGAAGAGAGAACACUUGUGAAACCAGCGGCGCUACCACUGGCAACUCUGAGACUAGCCUCUCGGCAUCUCUCAGAUCCUUUAGAUCUGGUCUCCUAACAUUCUCUUUCGACGAAUCUACUAACCGGACUCCACCGGCUUUAAGGUUUCCACUCCACAUGUGCCUUUAUCGAGAAGAAGUUAUGUCACUGUGGAGGCUGCAACCGACGGCGGCCACUCCGCUGUUGAGGGCGACGACAAACAGCACCAAAACCCUAGCUGCUCCAGUGGUCGCCCUUUUUGGGCUAGGCCCAUUAUCUACUUGUUUGCUCUCUGGCCCAAUUUCAUCGAAGGCCUUUUAUGUGAUAAGUGACCCAUCAAUUUAUUCACUUUGGCCCAGCUUGAAGAAGAACGGCAUUAUGAUCCUGUCUCUAAGGAGCUGUGAUUACCGUUUCCUCUCCAUUCCUUUUACCAUCCUUCUGAUCAGCUUUGAGAUCCUUGAAACCCCCGCUCUUCGUCUCUCUUACCGGUUCCCCUCGAAGUCAACCUCAACAUCUCUUCGUUCCUUGGAUUUAGAUCCCCUCACCAAGUGUUUUACUUGGGUGCAGUUGGACGGGAGCUCUGUUUUGACGUUGGAGCCGAUGAAGACCCUGAUGAAGAGAGCUCAGUCCUUAAAAACGCUAGCUGACUUCAGCCCAUAUCUUCAAAGCUCAAGGUUCACCUAAAGUCUUGAGAUUUGAGCCCAAUACGCUGAAGACACUUGAACUUUUGUUCUUGCGCUUUCUCUUGUCAGCAGAAAAACUACCUUUAACCUCCUCCAUGGAGAACCCUUUUAAAAGCUCCUAUGCAUGUAUUGCAAGAGCCUUCUAUGAUCACUUGUUGGUCGAGGAAUUCGAGAAGCCCGUCUUCAUGGUCGAUUCCGCUAUGGUCCCAAACGAUUCUUCAAGCAUUGCAAACCUCUCAAAGUCAAGCAUUUUCUUGGAAACCUCUUGGAACCUCUAUCUUUAUUUCCUUUGUAUGCUCUUAGUUUUCAGUUGUAUGAACUCCCCUCUUUUGAGGAUUUAAUUUAAUGAAAGCUUUGUUUGUCCAAAAAAAAAAAAAAA